UGCGAUCAGACACACACAGGUUGAGUCCAGAGAUCCUGAGGUCCAGAGACACACACACACACUGAGCCUGGAACUAUGGCCGUCACUAAUUUCCCCUACAUAACUCGCAUGAACAGCGGCUUCAAGGUCUACAUCCUGGAAGGCCAACCCCACCUACGGAGCGAGGACCGCUACAGACAUGUGACCAGUGAUCAUGUGCGCCUGGUUCCUUCCCGUCCAGUCGGACGUCCAGGCAAACGCAAGCACAGCUCAGAGCUCGGCUUGACCCUGGAAGAGAGAAGGGAGCGUGUCCUCAAUAAGCACGCGGCGGCAGUGCGGAGGUCGUCGGUGGCCAGCGUUCCAGAGAGCCCGUCCUCCACGUCCACGGACAGCCCUGCGUCCAGCCCGACGGUGAGCCCGAUGCUGGUGUGCCCCGCCUACGCCGCUCCGAUGCUGGACGAGCCGCUGGCGCUCAUCAAGAAGCCGCGCCGCGAGCCGCCGCCAGAGACGCCCGCCGAGAGGACCAGGGCCACCCCCGCCCGCCAACAGCAGGUCCGUCCUUCAGUUAUCACUUGUGUCUCCUCGGCAACCAAGUCCAACCGCAGACCCCUGGAGCGCUACAGUCACUCCACAGUGGUGUCGGAGGGCAGUUGUGACCGCGUGGAGGAGCAUUUCCAGCGCAGCCUGGGGGCCAACUACUACAAGACCGCCUCCCCGCCGUCCACCAGCGUGUCCGUGGACGAGCACUUCGCCAAGGCGCUCGGCGACAAGUGGCUCCAGAUCAAAGGCUCGUCCUCCACCAGCGGCUCGCUGCCCCCCCCUCCACAGCCUGCCCUCAUCUAUCCACCUCGCAGGUGA